UGCAUGGCAUGGGCGCCUCCGGCGCCGUGAGCUGAUCUGCUACCCCCUCUCAUACCUAUCCCCUUGUCUUCCUGCUGAGAUUCGACGUCACCAAAAAAUUGCAGCGCACUGGAAACCACGGCUUGAGCUAUAGACCCCGUCUUGCUGCUGCAUUCUUCGAGCCGGAUCGGCCCGUGAUGUUCCCGGGACCCGGAACCGGAGCGAAGACGCCCGGCCCGGUUUGAAAGAUAGGCGACGCCCGAAUCUCCGGGCUCUCGUCCGCCCUGGCAGGAGCAGGUGGGGGCGAGCACGUACAUGGUCGACAGGCCGUACCAGGAGACCCAGAACCGCGUCGCGCGCAGACUGGCGUUCCGCCCGCGGGAACUGCUCGCCCUGACGAGGUACGCGGCCGCGUCCUUGGUGGCGCACGCCACCCCCAGCCCGGAGGCGGAGGAGCUGAGGCGGCAGCACGGCGCGGCGCUGGCCGAGCGGUGCCCCGCCGUUCGCGAGAUCCUGUGCGGCGAGCGCGAACGGCACAUGGCCGCGGAGGCGCUGCGGCGUGCCGUGCCAGGCGCGGAGGCGCUGCUGCUGUGCACGGAGGCGCGCGCCGAGGCGCUGCGCCGCCUGCUCGGCCAGGGCCCGCAGGGGCCCGGGCCUGGCGGGGCCCCGUCCUCCCAGGGCGCCUCGCGGGUUUGGCCCUUCCUGCUGGUGCUCCUGUACCUGGUGAUCCCUGGCUACGGGGCGAUCUUCCUCGCCUGGCGCUGCUCGCGGCGGCUCGCCGCCCUCAUCUCCCCCGCGCCCAGCGCCGCGCCCUGGGACGGCGACGGCGCGCCCGCGCCCGCGCCGGCGCAGCCCGUGCAGGCGGCGGAGCCUGGAGGGGGGCACGCCG